CCCAAAGAUUCAAAGAAUGAAGUUGGUUUGGUAAGGUAUUCUGGUUGUUUUUAUUCGGGGUCAGCCAACCGAGUGCAGUGCAGUGCAACCAUCGGACAAUAAUGGCAGAGGCAGAUUCGUCCUCCUCCUCUUCAGAUGGAGAACCCUCGCCAUCGCUGGCGUCGAUUGCGGAGAAUCUUCAGCGUUCCGCCAUUCAAUCUGCUCGAACUGUGCAACAUAGCACUACAAAUCAUUUCCGUGCCUUUCAGAAUUUUUUACCAGAAGCAGUACCACAGUAUAGAACAUAUGAGGAUGCUUUCGUCAAUAAAGUUAAAGAUGGAUUGAUGAUUGCAAAGGAGAAUCCAGCUUUAAGUGCUGGUUUAGCUGUUUCUGGUGCCCUUCUGGCCAUGCGAGCUCCAAGAAGGUUUCUGUUUCGUCAUACAUUGGGUCGAUUCCAAAGUGAGGAGGUACGGUAUGCUAGAACUGAGAAGAAUGUAAAGGACUUGGGCCUUUCGGUGGAUUUACUGAAGAAGGAGAGUGUAAAAUUGCUUCAAAGGACAGCUCUUGCUGAGAAGGAAAUGAAAUAUGGGCAUACCGAACUAGUGAGCGCUGGAACCCAAUUUCAACAGCUGGCAAAAUCAGCUUACAAGGUUGAAACCCGAGCUGCUGAUUUGCUUGACAAGCUGCGGUAUAUACCUAGUCGUGAAGCUCUGGUACUUCGAGCUGAGGUUGCUUCUAUGGCUUCAAAUUUGAAGCGUCAGAGAUCUUCACUGAACAAACGGAUAAUGAAGAUCAACGAGUUAGGGGUUCCUGUGUGAUUGAAUUAAUGGACAAGUUGUGGACCUUCUCUUGAUGCACACCCAUCACCCCAGUUUUCCUGAAUAAAUUCUCCUGUUAAAGUAGAUAGCUCUAAGUAUAAUGCAGACCCAUGCCCCGGGGCAUCUUUUUUGUUUUUUUCAAAUGUUCAGUCUCUUUCAUGCAAUCUACAUUUUUUAUAUAUGUAACUUUCACGCAAUAUACUAUUUUUUAAAACAAUCUACUUAUGUAUUACUUUA